AUGCGAAGACAAAAGGACCUCUCCUAUACUCCCUACAUCCGUGACUUGCCUCUCUACUCAGGACAAAACAAACCUUCUCGCUACCUCACUGAAUACUCCCUACUGAGCUACACUUCCGAGCUUGUCCACCUUAGUAUUACCACCACUAUGUCAGCCUUGUUCUUGAGAGCUGCGUGGGUCAACUCGCCGACAUUGGUUCUGAAUCCACGUACAUUUGACGACAGGAUUCUGAGGCUACUGGGUGUCAUGGUUGUCCUACAUAUUUCUAGUAGGACAACCAUGACACCCAGUAGCCUCAGAAUCCUGUCGUCAAAUGUACGUGGAUUCAGAACCAAUGUCGGCGAGUUGACCCACGCAGCUCUCAAGAACAAGGCUGACAUAGUGGUGGCCGUCGAGACGUUCCUGAAUGACAGCUGCGUCACAACAUGCGACAAGAUACCUGGCUAUACUCACUGGGUGCGUAGGGACAGAACAGCCGGGCAAGGCGGUGGUAUAGCUUUGUGCCACCGUGAAGGUCUACAGCUGCAGCUAUUGCCCGUCACAGUUCCUGAGGAGAUGGAGAUGCUACUCUUCCGCCUUCUCCUCGCUGACAGGACUGCUGUGCUGCUCUGCCCUCUGUACCGCCCCCAAUGGCAACAAGGCGCCCCACUCUCCUUCCUCACGGACCAACUGGACACAAUCAUGGCCACCCACAGCUGUCAGAAUACCAUUAUUGUGGGGGAUUUAAACCAGCACCUGGUGAACCGAGCCUACACAGAGCUCAUAACGGUCCACGGGCUCACUAACCACGUGACUUUCUCCACGCACGCGCGUGGUGCCUCUCUCGAUCCUGUCCUGACCGAUCUGCCGGCAGACUCUGUGCAGUGCUACCAACUUGACAAGGUUGGUAGCUCUGACCACAAUGCGGUCCUCUGUGAAGUUGGUCUUAACCCAGCAUGUGAGGAAGGAAGCCAGCGCACCAUCUGGCUAUGGGAGAAGGCUAACUGGCGGGGGCUCAGGGCAGAGUUAGCCUCCACCAACUGGGAAUCCACGUUCACAGAUGACAUGAACCACAACGUGGCAACCCUCACCUCCCUUAUCAUAUCAGCACAAGCCAGGCACGUCCCUCACAGGGCAUAUAGAGUCGAUCCACGAGACCAGCCGUGGUUCGGCUACAGGUGCCGGCAAGCUGCUGAUGCCAAGUACAAGACCUGGACUCGUCUGAAGCGUCGUCCCUCCAGGCGCCACAAGGCCCAGCACCGCGCUGCUUGCAAAAACAUGGCGAGAGUGGCUACAUGGGCGAGGCAGAGGUGGGAGUUAAGUCUACGGAGGAAGCAUGCCAGUAACCAAACUGAUCCCAAGCAAUGGUGGUCCCUUGUGAAGCAGCGGCAGGGCACAGUCACACAGGAGAGGAUCCCGCCUCUAAAAACAGCCUCUGGCAACUUGGCAGUUGCUAACCAAGACAAGGCUGAACUCCUGGCAGCACACUUCAGCGGGAGGAUGACGACUGUGGAGCCUGACAGUCAGCCUCCACAACUAACCCGCCUGUGUGACGUAACCCUGGACCACCUACAGCUCAGCGAAGCCGCCGUGACAAAGCUUCUGCGCAGCACCGACACCAGGAAGGCGCCCGGCCCUGACAAAGCCCCUCACACACAUCUUCCGCCAAUGCCUACAAACCAGCACCUGGCCAGCUGCAUGGAAGGAGGCUCGGGUCACUCCUGUACACAAAAAAAAGGAUAA